AUGGGUGAUGAUGUGGUUCAAUUUUUUACCACCAAGUUCAUGGUGCACCAACAGUUGACUGAAGGCUUCCCACCUUCAGAAAAAAGUCUUACAUUAUCCUCCCCCAAAGCGAAUAACAUCGGAAAAUUACCUAAAGUCAGAAAAGCGCUCGAGAGCUACAGAACAGGGCCAACAUGUGAUGAACCAAGAGACACAGGAGUCUUACAGGCCCGAUGGGUUGAAGCCAAAAGAGGUGGUUUCUCCAAGGAAGCAGCCUUAGGGGAAUAG